AUGGAAGAAGAGGAAGAACCAAAAGAAAUACAAAUAUCUGGUAAUGAAUUAGAUAGUCAUGAAGUGGUAGAUAAUGGUGUGAAACAAUUUGUUGGGAGUCCUCAGAAGGAAAAUGCAGAUGUUGGCAGUGACGUUGGGGAUGAACAGGGAGAUGAAAGGGUACCCAUACAAGGACAUGGGAUUGAUCCUGUGACUACAGCUGCAGGUGAGGACCAGUUUGAGCAAGUAUCUUUGAAAGAUAAAGAGAAGAAUAAUGAGUAUGUGGAUUCUAACCGAACUUCGGGUUCAGAUAAUGUACAACACCCAUUUGGUGGUAACGCAGAGGAUUUUCAAUAUUCAUCUGGGAUGCACUUGACAGAGUAUAAUUCUUCCUCAGUUGCUGACAUGCAACGUGAUCAUCUUUCUUAUAGCCCUGGGUCAGAGGGGCAUUCUGGUCAUACAAAGAAGCAGUCUGCUUCAUCAAAUUGUUUUGAUUCACCUGGGUAUUCUCCUGUUAGUUCUCCACAGAAGUCUAGGAAAAAAAAUGCUAUGUCAAAUGUGUCUGCAGAAUUACUGCAUUUAAUUGAUUCUGCUAUCAUGGGGAAACCUGAAGGUAUGGAGAAACUGAAGAAUAUCGCAAGCGGUGUAGAAAUUUUUGGGAGUGUUGAAGAAAUGGAGAGCUUGUCUUUCUUAAUAGUAGAUUCACUUCUUGCAACAAUGGGUGGCGUUGAAAGUUUUGAAGAGGAUGGUGAUAAUAAUCCUCCUAGUGUAAUGCUGAACUCCCGGGCAGCCAUUGUGGCAGGUGAAAUUAUUCCUUGGCUUCCAUAUGCAGGUGAUUCUGACGUUGUCAUGUCACCCAGGACACGAAUGGUAAGGGGACUACUUGCCAUAUUACGGGCUUGCACUAGAAACAGGGCAAUGUGCUCAAUGGCCGGCCUGUUAGGAGUACUGUUGAGAACAGCAGAAAGAAUUUUUACUGUGGAUGUUGGCUUAAAUGGGCAAAUAAGGUGGGAUGGAACUCCUUUGUGCCGCUGCAUACAAUACUUGGCUGGGCAUUCUCUUAGUGUUAGUGACCUUCAUAGAUGGUUUCAAGUCAUUACAAGAACACUAACCACAAUUUGGGCUUCACGCUUAAUGCUUGCUAUGGAGAAAGCAAUAAGUGAAAAGGAGUCAAGGGGACCAGUUUGCACUUUUGAGUUUGACGGUGAAAGUUCUGGUUUGCUUGGUCCAGGUGAGAGUCGUUGGCCAUUUAUCAAUGGUUAUGCAUUUGCAACAUGGAUCUACAUUGAAUCAUUUGCUGACGCAUUAAAUACAGCUACAGUUGCUGCUGCAAUUGCUGCAGCUGCAUCGGCUAAGUCAGGUAAAUCAUCAGCCAUGUCAGCUGCUGCAGCAGCUAGUGCACUUGCUGGUGAAAGUACGACACACAUGCCUCGGUUAUUCAGUUUUAUAUCGGCUGAUAAUCAGGGUAUAGAGGCUUACUUUCAUGCUCAAUUUUUGGUUGUUGAAAUUGGUAGUGGAAAGGGAAAGAGAUCUGCUUUGCAUUUUACUUAUGCAUUCAAACCACAGUGCUGGUACUUCAUUGGCCUUGAACAUAUAAGCAAGAAUGGAAUGCUUGGGAACGUAGAAAGUGAAAUUAGGUUAUAUGUAGAUGGAUCUUUAUAUGAAAUUCGUCCUUUUGAGUUCCCUAGGAUUUCCAAACCUCUUGCAUUUUGCUGCAUAGGAACUAACCCUCCUCCUGCUAUGGCUGGUUUGCAACGCCGUCGUCGUCAAUGCCCUUUGUUUGCUGAGAUGGGCCCUGUUUACAUCUUCAAGGAACCAAUUGGCCUUGAAAGGAUGACACGCUUGGCUUCUAGAGGAGGGGAUAUGGUGCCUUCUUUUGGUAAUGCAGCAGGGCUACCAUGGCUUGCAACAAAUGCUCAUGUGCAGAGAAAGGCAGAGGAAAGUGUCCUUUUGGAUGCAGAAAUUGGAGGUUUCAUUCACUUGCUCUAUCAUCCUAGUUUGCUUAGUGGGCGUUUCUGUCCAGAUGCUUCACCUUCUGGUGCUGCAGGAAUGCUUCGACGUCCAGCUGAGGUUCUUGGGCAAGUCCAUGUUGCAACACGAAUGAGACCUGUGGAUGCUCUGUGGGCAUUGGCUUAUGGUGGUCCAUUGGCUUUGCUUCCCUUAGCAAUAAGCAAUAUUCACGAGGAUACUCUAGAACCACAGCAAGGGAAUUUUUCUGUGUCUGUAGCCACCACAUCUCUUGCUGGUCCACUACUUCGAAUUAUAUCCACGGCUAUUCAACAUCCAAGGAACAAUGAGGAGUUGGCUCAUGGCAGAGGGCCUGAGGUUCUUUCAAAGAUUUUAAAUUUUCUUCUCAAAACCCUAUCUUCACUUGGUGUUGGAAAGCAUGACGGUGUAGGAGAUGAGGAACUUGUUGCAGCAGUUGUCUCGCUUUGUCUAUCUCAGAAGAUCAACCAUAUGCUUAAAGUGCAACUCUUCACUACACUGCUGCUGGAUUUAAAAAUUUGGAGUUUAUGUAGUUAUGGAAUACAAAAGAAGCUUCUAUCAUCACUUGCUGACAUGGUUUUCACUGAGUCGGCAGUGAUGCGUGAUGCCAAUGCCAUUCAGAUGCUUCUUGAUGGGUGCAGAAGAUGCUAUUGGACUGUUCGGGAAAAGGAUUCAGUAAAUACUUUUUCACUAACUGGGGCAACAAGACCAGUGGGUGAAGUCAAUGCUUUGGUUGAUGAGCUCUUAGUGGUAAUUGAACUUCUAAUAGUGGCAGCAUCUCCUUCGUUGGCCUCGGAUGAUGUCCGAUGUUUACUUGGCUUCAUGAUUGACUGUCCACAACCCAGUCAGAUUGCUAGGGUGUUGCAUCUCUUCUACAGGUUGGUUGUGCAGCCAAAUACAUCAAGAGCUCACACAUUGGUAGAAGCAUUCAUAGCAUGUGGUGGGAUAGAAACUCUUCUUGUUCUGCUUCAAAGGGAAGCUAAAGCUGGAGAAAGUGCUGUCCCGGAAUCAAUUUCAAACUGUCCUGAGCUUCAAAAAAUUGAGACUAAUGGUAGCAGUGAGAUCACAGAAACAUGUCAAGAUGAUGAAGGAUCAGAGGAGAGAAGUGAAGCCAUCUUACAAGACAAUGACCAAGGUUCUGAAUCUGUUGAUAGUGGAAGUAACCUUGAUCCUAGUUCUCCUGAUGUGAAUAUUGAAAGGAUGACAUCUACCUCGGAAAUUCUUUCUGUCAAGAAUUUGGGAGGCAUUAGUCUAUCCAUCAGUGCGGACAGUGCUAGAAAAAAUGUUUAUAAUUUUGAUAAAAAUGAUGGCAUUGUUGUUGGGAUCAUAGGUCUCUUAGGUGCUUUUGUAGCUUCUGGGCAUCUUAGGUUUGGUUCCCAUGAUGGUCCUGAUACAACAAGCAACCUUUUGGGGGUUGGACUGCAUGAUGGAGGUGGUACAAUGUUUGAUGAUAAGGUUUCUCUUCUUCUUUAUGCCUUACAGAAGGCUUUCCAAGCAGCACCAAACAGGCUAAUGACUAACAAUGUUUACACAGCUUUAUUGGCUGCCUCGAUCAAUGCUUCUUCAACAGUGGAUGGGCUGAACUUCUAUGAUUCUGGUCAUCACUUUGAGCAUUCACAACUUUUAUUGGUGCUUUUACAUUCGCUUCCAUUUGCGCCUAGGCCUCUGCAGAGCAGAGCACUACAGGAUCUUCUAUUUUUGGCUUGCAGUCAUCCAGAAAAUAGAAGCAGUCUGACAAAUAUGGUGGAAUGGCCUGAAUGGAUUCUGGAGGUCCUGAUCUCAAAUCAUGUGAUGGGUCCAAGUAAAUCCUCUGAUUUGACAAGCCAAGGAGACAUAGAGGACGUCAUACAUAAUUUCCUUAUAUUCAUGCUAGAGCAGUCAAUGCGCCAAAAGGAUGGAUGGAAGGAUAUUGAAGCAACAAUUCAUUGUGUAGAAUGGCUUUCUAUUGUGGGUGGAUCUAGCACAGGACAACAACGAAUUAGACGUGAAGAAUCGUUACCGAUAUUUAAGAGAAGACUCUUGGGGGGUUUGAUUGACUUUGCUGCUAGAGAAUUGCAGGUCCAGACUCAAAAUAUUGCUGUGGCUGCUGCUGGUGUUGCAGCUGAGGGUUUAUCUCCAAACGAUGCAAUGGCAGAGGCUGAGAAUGCUGCUCACUUGUCUGUGGCUUUAGUAGAGAAUGCCAUUGUGAUACUUAUGCUUGUUGAGGAUCAUUUACGGUUACAGAGCAAACAAUCCUCUUUUUUACGUGCUGCAGAUGUCUCUCCAUCUCCCCUUUCUCUGUUUUACCCAAUCCCUAAUAACUCAACAUCAUUGCCAGCAAUUGGAGAAUCAACAGAUGUUAUGGGUGAUCGCACAUCAUCUUCUAGCAACUCUGAGGGAGUCUCUCUAGAUGUCCUUUCUUCGAUGGCUGAUGCAAAUGGUCAUAUCUCUACUUCAGUUAUGGAAAGGCUUGCAGCAGCAGCUGCAGCUGAGCGAUAUGAAUCCAUUUCUUGUGCUUUUGUAUCGUAUGGGUCGUGUGCUAAGGAUUUAGCUAUUGGGUGGAAAUAUAGGAGCCGUUUGUGGUAUGGUGUUGGCCUUCCUUCAAGUACAGCUUCAUUUGGUGGUGGUGGGAGUGGAUGGGAAAUUUGGAAGUCUUCUUUGGAGAAAGAUGCCAAUGGCAACUGGAUUGAGCUUCCUUUGGUGAAGAAGUCUGUGGCAAUGCUCCAAGCAUUAUUGCUAGAUGAUUCUGGACUGGGUGGUGGUCUUGGAAUAGGUGGAGGGUCAGGUACUGGAAUGGGAGCGAUGGGUGCAUUAUACAAGCUAUUAGACAGUGACCAGCCAUUCUUGUGCAUGCUUCGGAUGAUUCUUCUGUCUAUGAGGGAAGAUGAUGAUGGGGAAGAACAUAUGCUGAUGAGGACUGCAAGUAUUAAGGAUGCAAUAUCUGAGGGAAGGGAACCACGCUCAGCACUUUUGUAUAGUGUUCUCUCACCGGUUCUCAACACGCCAAUUUCUGAUUCUAAGAGACAGAGAGUCUUAGUAGCAUCUUGCGUGCUUUAUUCUGAGGUAUACCAUGCUGUUAGCAUAGACCGAAAGCCUCUUCGUAAAAAGUACCUCGAGGCUAUUUUACCACCAUUUGUUGCUGUCUUAAGGAGGUGGCGACCCCUUUUGGCUGGAAUUCACGAACUUGCAACUGCUGAUGGUUUGAAUCCUCUUAUUGCGGAUGAUUGCGGAAUAGCUGCUGAUGCUCUGCCAAUUGAGGCUGCUCUUUCUAUGAUAACUCCAGCCUGGGCUGCUGCUUUUGCAUCUCCACCUGCUGCAAUGGCAUUGGCUAUGAUUGCAGCUGGUACCUCAAGUGGUGAAAGUCAUGCUCCUUCAACAAGUGCCCAGCUUAGGCGUGAUACCUCAUUGAUGGAACGCAAACAGGCUAAACUUCAUACAUUUUCAAGCUUUCAAAAACCUUUAGAAGUCCCCAACAAGACACCACCACUACCCAAGAACAAAGCUGCUGCAAAAGCUGCUGCUUUGGCAGCUGCUCGUGAUCUUCAGCGAUUUUCAAGGGUUGGUUCUGGAAGAGGUCUUAGUGCCAUUGCAAUGGCCACAUCUGCACAGCGAAGGAGCGCUAGUGAUAUGGAGCGAGUUAAGAGGUGGAAUAUUACUGAAGCAAUGGGAGUUGCCUGGAUGGAAUGUUUGCAGCCAGUUGAUACAAAGUCGGUGUACGGGAAAGAUUUUAAUGCUUUCUCAUAUAAAUUUAUUGCUAUUCUUGUUGCCAGUUUGGCCCUAGCAAGGAAUAUGCAACGGUCUGAGAUUGACAGGCAUGCUUGUGUAGAUAGAAUAGCCAGGCAUCGAAUCAGUACUGGAUAUUGUGCAUGGCGCAAACUUAUUCGCCAGUUAAUCGAGAUGAGAAGUCUUUUUGGGCCUUUUGCAGAUCAUUUAUACAGCCCCCCUCGUGUUUUCUGGAAGCUAGAUUUUAUGGAAAGUUCUUCUCGGAUGAGAAGAUGCAUGAAGAGGAAUUAUGGGGGGUCUGAUCAUUUGGGUUCUGCAGCCAAUUAUGAGGAUUGUUCAAGGGAGAAUAAUGGUCAGAGAACUCCAAUUUUGGCAGCAGAAGCAAUCUCAAUAGAAGGAAUACAUGAAUACCAAGAACAGGUUGAAACUGAGAACUUGGAUGCUAGGGUCGUUGAUAUUGAAGAUAAAGUAGAAAAUCUGCCUAGACUUUCCGAAGCAACUGAGCAAAUUGUACAAUCGACUUUAGAAUCCAGUGCUACUCAACUUGAAACUGAUGAAAGUGUUGUUCAGAGUUCUUCAGCCUUUGCACCUGGGUAUGUUCCAAGUGAGCUUGAUGAAAGAAUUGUUCUCGAGCUACCAUCAUCAAUGGUCCGGCCACUUAGGGUUGUACAGGGAACCUUCCAAGUAACCAAUAGGAGGAUAAAUUUCAUAGUUGAUAAGAGUGAGACCAGCACCACAAUGGAUGGUUUGAAUUUCGGUUUUGAGGCAGGAGACCAAGAAAAGGAUCGCAGCUGGUUAUUGUCAUCUCUUCAUCAAAUUUAUAGUCGGAGAUACCUUCUUAGAAGAAGUGCACUGGAGCUAUUUAUGGUGGAUCGUUCAAACUUCUUCUUUGACUUUGGGAGUAGUGAGGGGCGAAGAAAUGCAUAUCAAGCAAUUGUUCACGCACGACCUCCUCAUUUAAAUAAUAUAUAUUUAGCUACUCAGAGGCCUGAACAACUAAUGAAAAGAAUUCAGCUUACGGAGCGCUGGGCAAGGUGGGAGAUCAGUAAUUUUGAGUAUUUAAUGCAACUCAAUACACUGGCUGGGCGUAGUUAUAAUGAUUUAACGCAGUAUCCGGUUUUCCCCUGGAUUCUUUCUGAUUACAUCUCAGAGAGCUUGGAUCUUUCUAACCCUUCUUCUUACCGAGAUCUUUCAAAGCCUGUUGGUGCGCUGAACCCUGAUCGUCUGCAAAAAUUUCAAGAGAGAUAUGCUAGCUUUGAUGAUCCCAUUAUACCCAAAUUCCAUUAUGGAUCACACUACUCAAGUGCAGGAACAGUAUUGUAUUAUCUUGUUAGGGUUGAACCGUUCACUACCCUUGCUAUCAAACUGCAAGGUGGAAAAUUUGAUCAUGCAGAUCGGAUGUUUUCUGAUAUUUCUGCUACUUGGAAUGGAGUUCUUGAGGACAUGAGUGAUGUUAAGGAAUUGGUUCCUGAGCUAUUUUACCUCCCCGAGGUCCUCACAAAUGAAAAUUCAAUUGAUUUUGGCACAACACAACUGGGAGAAAAGCUUGAUACCGUAAGACUUCCUGCUUGGGCUGAGAAUCCAGUUGAUUUUGUACAUAAGCAUAGAAAAGCUCUGGAGAGUGAGUAUGUAUCUGCUCAUUUGCAUGAGUGGAUUGACCUCAUAUUUGGGUAUAAGCAACAGGGCAGAGAGGCUAUUGCAGCAAAUAAUGUUUUCUUUUAUAUUACCUAUGAAGGGACAGUGGAUAUUGAUAAAAUAUCUGACCCAGUGCAACAGCGUGCCACACAAGAUCAGAUUGCUUAUUUUGGACAAACACCAUCCCAACUUCUGACUGUUCCUCACUUGAAGAAGAUGCCGUUAGCAGAAGUUCUGCAUUUACAGACAAUAUUCCGCAACCCAAAAGCAGUCAAACUAUUUGUUGUUCCAUCCCCUGAACACUGCAAUCUACCUGCGGCUGCCAUUCACGCAUCUUCAGAUGUUGUUGUGGUUGUUGAUUGGAAUGCACCAGCAGCUCAUGUUGCCCAACACAAGUGGCAACCCAAUACACCAGAUGGCAAAGGUACUCCAUUCCUCUUUCAACAUGGGAAAGCUACAUCUGGCUCUGCUGGUGGGACACUUAUGCGCAUGCUCAAAGGGCCUGCUGGGACUGGUGAAGAGUGGCAAUUUCCCCAAGCGUUGGCAUUUCCUGUUUCUGGAAUUAGAAGCCAAGCUAUCGUUUCUAUAACAUGCGACAAAGAAAUUAUUACUGGUGGGCAUGCCGAUAAUAGCAUUCGGGUAAUAUCCUCAGAUGGAGCUAAAACCUUGGAAACAGCCAAUGCGCACUGUGCUCCUGUAACUUGCCUUGGUCUUUCAGCUGAUAGUAACUUCCUGGUGACAGGAUCCCGAGAUACAACUGUAUUACUCUGGAGAAUACAUAGGGCACUUACUUCUCGCUCAAGUGUCAUGUCAGAAUCUUCCACUGGGACUGGCACAAUGCCUUCUACCAGCACCAGUUCUUCAUCACACUUAUGGAUAGAAAAGAAUCAUAAACGUCGUAUUGAGGGUCCUAUACAGGUACUUCGGGGGCACCGCAGUGAAAUACUCAGUUGUUGUGUCAGCUCAGAUCUUGGAAUAGUUGUUUCAUGCUCCCACUCAUCCGAUGUUCUCUUGCACUCUAUAAGAAGGGGACAUUUAGUCAGAAGGCUGGAUGGUGUGGUGGCCCAUACUGUCUGCCUUUCCUCUGAAGGGGUUGUCAUGACUUGGAAUGAAUUGCAGCAUACUCUCAGUACCUUUACUCUUAAUGGUGUUCUGAUUGCUAAAACAGAAAUAUCUUUCUCUAGCAGCAUUAGGUGCAUGGAAAUUUCUGUUGAUGGGAGGAGUGCUUUAAUUGGGGUUAAUUCUCUAGAAAAUGGUAGAGCCUAUAAUAACAGUUUGAAUUUGCAGUCAAGUAAGUCAGGUAUUGUUGAUUUCAAUUCAGAAUCAGAAGAAACUCACGAGAGCAACAGAAUAAAUGCUCCAUCACCCUCAAUAUGCUUCCUGGAUUUGCACACGCUGGAGGUAUUUCAUGUAUUAAAGCUGGGAGAAGGACAGGAUAUCACAGCUCUUGCUCUAAAUAAGGAUAACACAAAUCUUUUGGUUUCAACUUUGGAUAAACAAUUAAUUAUCUUCACUGAUCCAGCUUUAAGCUUGAAAGUGGUCGAUCAGAUGCUAAAGCUUGGUUGGGAAGGUGAUGGGCUUAGGCACCUCAUAAAAUAAUAGCUUUUAGGGCAUACAUGGUAGAAUACAGAAUCUUUUUAUACAUAAUAACAACUAGGAAAAUUAGGAUGGGUUUAUAGCACUCCUGUUUGUAAGCAUUUUGGUUGCAUCCCUAUGGUUCAGAGACAUCUUGUAACAUACGUAACAACCAACUCUUACCAUCAGUGUUAAAUUCUUAGAUUUAACG